GUUGUAUACAAAAUAAAUCCAAAAUCAGCUGCGCGGGGUUCGAGAUUUUCAACGUGUUCAUCAUCAUUGCGAAUCCGCUAUAUAUAGCAAGUGCAUUGCAGUGGAAAUCUACCGAGAAGCGGCGCCGGGAGUACACAGCUACAGUCGACUCCUUGCCGGUAUCAGUAUCACUGCACUGAGAAAGAAAUCAAUGCCUAGGAAAGUCUUUUUCAUAAGCAAGACAGUUUAGACGCCAAAAUUAAGUUUAAGCCAAACAUUUGACGUACGGUUAUAACAGUUUAGCAACUUGAAACUGUCAGUAACGACUUACUAACGGUGUCUUCCAAUCCGACCGAGUGCAGUGUAGUCACGUCAGUACAGCUAGCUCCCGCCAGUGUAACGGCCGAGUUGUAGGGAAGGCGAUCGAGAAGAUUUGAUCACAAUGGUUCGCUUGACUGUGCGCUUACUCGCUAUGGCGAAGAAGAAUAUGCAGGCUCAGAUGGAAUACUACUCAAAGUUUUCCCCAUCUCCUCUUUCUAUCAAGCAGUUCAUGGAUUUUGGUCAGAGUAAAGAUGUUGACUCGGCCAAGUCGUUUGUGUUUCUGAGGCAAGAACUUCCAGUCAGGAUUGCCAACAUCAUGAAAGAGAUCAACCUACUUCCAGAGAAGCUUCUACAAAUGCCUUCUGUCCGUAUGGUACAAGGAUGGUAUCAACAAACAUUUGAAGAACUGCUGGAGUAUGUAGAGAAGACAGAAGAGGAGGAUCCAGUUUUAUUACGAUACAUAAAUCAACUCACCACGAUAAGGAACAGGCACGUCAACGUCGUUGAGACAAUGGCACAGGGUAUACUGGAAAUGAGGGAAAGCUAUAAAGUAGACCAACAUGAAGAGAACAAUGUACAGUAUUUCCUGGAUAGAUUCUACAUCUCAAGAAUUAGCAUCAGGAUGCUCAUCAACCAACACACAUUGAUGUUUGGACAAAUACCCACGACGCACCCUCUCCUUGUUGGUAGUAUAGACCCAAGUUGUGACAUCGUAGCUGUAAUAAGGGAUGCGUAUGACAGUGCCAAGUACCUCUGUGAUCAGUAUUACCUUGCUUCACCUGACAUUGAUGUGAGGUGGAUUGAUGCUCGUGACGGCAGUGACAGUAUACGAAUGGUGUAUGUACCCUCUCAUCUCUAUCACAUCAUGUUUGAGUUAUUAAAGAAUGCAAUGCGUGCCGUGAUGGAACACAAAGGACCUUCUGCCUCUGAAUUCCCUCCCAUUGGAAUCCUAGUCACCAAGGGGAAGGAAGACGUUACCAUCAAGGUAUCGGAUGAAGGAGGUGGAAUUCCUAAAAGUGAGAUUGAUCUGCUCUUCAACUACAUGUACUCCACCGCCCCCGCGCCUCCAAAGCCUGGUGUCAGCAUAAUACCACCUCUGGCUGGCUAUGGAUAUGGUCUCCCCAUCUCAAGACUGUAUGCCAAGUAUUUCCACGGUGACCUGACGCUUAGCUCCAUGGAUGGCUACGGCACUGAUGCAGUAGUCUACCUCAAGGUACUAUCGAGCGAGGCUUCAGAGCUUUUACCUAUCUACAACAGCGCCGUGUCAAGGUAUUACAAGACACCUACCCCUGCAAGCGACUGGAGUACUCCGGGUUACUUCAUUCGAAACUACACCACCAAGAGAUAUGGGAAAUAAAUGAUCUAUGAACUCUUAAGGAUCUCAGAGAACUAUCCCAGAUGAAAAGCACAUACUCCUGUCGCCAAAAAACAUCUCUAAGGAGUAAGCAGUCGUUUUUGGAAGAGAGGAAACACAUGCAUUUGUGAUGGAUGGCUGUCGAUAUUGCACCUUUCGAGACUGAUGUUAAAUAUGGCUGUAUAGCUGGACAAAAGAUUCUCUUGUCAUUGAAAUUUCACAUAGCGUAGGGGCCUUGUGGGAAUAGUGUGUGUGAUUGAUCGAAGCUGAAUUAGAAUACACCUAACAUGUUGCCGUUACAUGUUCACUGUGGCUUAAUUGUGCAGCAAGGAGUAAAAUCUGUUGGCUGAUUUAUUUGCAUUCAGUGCACUUUUUCUUCAGCCUUUUAUUAAGCAUUGUACAUCAUGGUAUAUUAUCAUAUUUGCAAUGCAAUAUGUGCUAAACUCGUGUGCAUGUGGUAUACAUUGAUUGCAUGAUCUUUCAAAUGUUUCUUUUGUAAAUUGCCCAUCUUGCUAACAUAUUCCAAUUUAAUGCAUACUUGUUAUCAAAGGCUGUCUGUGACAUCCUGACAGCUUGCAUGAGGCUUCCCCAACAUAGCAACACAUUAUGUAUGCAGACUGGAUUCCAAGUAUUGUAGUUCAUUCAUUAAUAACAGGUUAAUGGAAUAACUUUUCAGGAAAAAAACAUCCAUAAAUUUGGAUAUGUUAGUAAACGGGUCUAUUACACCUAUAUAAACCUCAUGUUUAUCCCAAAGGUGGGCUUAACAUGCAAAUUUCUUACAGAGCAGUUGAUCUUUGUUCUAUACUUAUUUUUAAUUGGUAUAAAAUCAUUGGCUACUUCAGAUGAAGAUGGUUCUAUUAUGACAUCAAUAGAACCUGGAAAUUGCAUCUUUGUGUGAUCCCAGUCAUGAUACACAACUUUGAAGGUCUGAUUUAAAGCUCACCAUGAUUUUUUGCAAAACGUGAAAUGUGUUAUGACGCAUUAAAACUGACUUUAGAGAGUGUUUCUCAAGCCAGUCAUAACAGAAUUGCUCUCCGAUGUGAAGAGAGCAAGUGUGGAACUUGUACAUAGCUUUCAUAUAUUUUUUUAUAAGUUGUACAUAUGUUAUGUAAUUUAUAGUCAUAAUGUGAUACGAUUAUUAAAGUUGUAGAUAAAAAUAUAUAUAAUCACACCGGUACUAACAUCAUCUCCAUGCUCAAAUCUUACUGGAGUGUGAUUAUACGUCAUUUGAUUUUAUUGAGACUCGUAUUUCUUGGGUACCGCAAUCCUGUCUGCUGUGAGCCAGAAGGGUGUGUAACUGACAUAACUUACAUGUAUGUACAGUUUAACUCUCUCCUAGCUGGCUCUUAACAGAUAAUAGGUGUUAGGUUCAUGCUGCAAUGACAAUCUUUUUAAAUUGAAUAGUUUUUUUGGUCCUAGACCUUUGUGGAAACUACAAAUGUGUGUCAAAUAUUCAUAUUCCUAUUAUUUUUUUUAUUUUUUUUAAAUCUAUUCCUAUUACUUUUUUCUUUCUUUUUUUAAUACUUAUUCCAAAUUUGCCAUUUUUCUUUGGAAUUGUCACAAUCAAAGCAAAGCUAUAUCUAAUAUUCUUAUAAAAGGAAAACAAUGACCCGUCUACGUGGAAAUGAUAAAAAGUAGUGUUCUCAUUAUAGAUCAAGAAUCUCCUAAAAUAGUUUUCUUGAAAA